CGGGGGGGGGGGGGGAACCACUGAGGAUUUAGCUCCACCGGACAUCCGCAGUGACGCUCCGCUUUUCUUCUUUCCCCCCUUCCCCGGCUCCCUGCAGCCUGGGCGCCGUGAUUGACAGGGGGCCAUUUAAAUACAACCUGCCCCUACCCCACCCCCGCAGCGUGCGCGCGGCGGUGUUUCCCUGCCCGUGCCCAGGAGGCGCGGAAACCGCCCGAGCCCUUUGACAGACUCGCGGCAGCGGCGGCGGCAGCGGCAGCGGCAGCUCCCCCCCCCCGCCCCUCCCCCCCACAGGCAAAGGCACCGGGCUUCCAAUGUGACAUCACCCAGCCCCGGGCUGGGGCCGCGCGCCUGUGAGGGGGCCACUUUCCCUGCUGCGAGCGGGCGGGGGAGGAAGAGAGGCGAGAAAUCCCUCCGUAAAUCACCGAGGAGCCGAUUUCGCCCGGGAGCCGCGCCUGGUGGGGCCCGAUCCGCCUCCCUUGCAGACGCCGGAGGGAUCUGGAGCGCGGAAACCGGCUUCCUUCGAGGCGGCGCAGCGGUCUUGGCGGCGCAUGGUGCCUGGCUGGAUGGCGUGGUAGCGGGGGGAGCGUUUGGCGAGGCCAGGGGGUGGGGGAGGCUGCUGCAUCGGUCUCCCCUAUGGACGAGAACAGCCCUCUGUCUCCCAAGGCAAAUGCUUUCAGUAUCGCCUCUCUGAUUUCAGUCGCCGCCGAGCACGCAGGGAAGGAAGCGCUGGAGGAGCCCAGCUGUGGCCUUAGCAAGCACUUCAGCCCCGGCUCCCACCCGCAGAGGAUGCAUUUCAGCACCGUCACCAGAGACAUGGAAGCUUUCACGGCCAACAGCCUGAGCAGCCUGAACGCCUCCGGCGGCUACCACCUCUCCCCUUCCCCGGGGGACCCCUACGGGCAGCCCGAGCCGCCGCACUACGAGCCCUGCUCGGCCCAGCAGCACCCGCACCAGCACGGCUACCCGUUCGCGGCCGGCCCGGCCCCGGGCCCCAACCCGCCGCCGCCCGGCCCGGAGCCCCCCGAGAGCGGCGGCGGCGCGGCGCCUUCUGGCUGCCCCGCCGCGCCGGCGGCCAAAGCGCCCGUCAAGAAGAACCCCAAGGUGGCCAAUGUCAGCGUGCAGCUGGAGAUGAAGGCGCUGUGGGACGAGUUCAACCAGCUGGGCACCGAGAUGAUCGUCACCAAGGCCGGCAGGCGCAUGUUCCCCACCUUCCAGGUGAAGAUAUUUGGAAUGGACCCCAUGGCUGAUUACAUGUUGUUAAUGGAUUUUGUACCUGUGGACGACAAAAGAUAUCGAUACGCCUUCCACAGCUCCUCCUGGCUGGUGGCCGGCAAAGCUGACCUGCUACCGCCCGGGAGAGUUCAUUAUCACCCCGACUCUCCUGCUAACGGGGCCCAGUGGAUGAAACAAAUAGUAUCCUUCGAUAAUGAAACUGACAAUAAUUUAUUGGAUGACAAUGGGCACGUAAUGUAUCAUUUGAACUCCAUGCACAGAUCACCUCGUUUUCAUGUGGUCUACGUGGACCCCAGGAAAGACAGCGAGAAGUACGCCGAGGAGAACUUUAAAACAUUUGUGUUCGAGGAGACCCGCUUCACCGCCGUGACCGCCUAUCAGAAUCACAGGAUCACACAACUCAAGAUUGCCAGCAACCCCUUCGCGAAAGGAUUCAGAGACUGUGAUCCAGAAGACUGGCCCAGGAAUCACAGACCAGGGGCCCUUCCUCUGAUGAGUGCUUUUGCCAGGUCCAGGAAUCCAGUGUCUUCCCCUGCACAUCAGAAUGGGACUGAGAAAGACGCUGCGGAGAGCCGACGGGAGUACGAGCGGGAAGCGGCCAGCGGGACCCCUCUCCACGCCGACCCCGCGCACCAGCAGCUCAUGUCGCGGGUGCUGAGCCCGGCCCUGCCCGUCCCCGGCGCGGGGGGCCUGGUCCAGCUCAGCAGCACGCCGGGGAGCCGGCCCAGCCCCCCGCACCACGAACUGCGACUGGAGCCCCCCGCCUCGGAGCCCCUGCACCACCACCCCUACAAGUACCCGGCGGCGGCCUACGACCACUACCUGGGGCCGAAGAGCCGGCCCCCCCACCCCUUACCCAGCCUCCGGGGCCACGGCUACCACCACCACCACCACCACAUGGGCCCGCCGGCGGCCAACGUGUACUCCUCGGCGGGCGCGCCGCCCAGCUACGACUACGGGCCGCGGUAACCCCCGCGCCCCGCCGCGCCCGGCUGUGGGAGAGCCCCGGCCGCCCAGAGGAGAACUCCCGCUUCCCGCCGGCCGCUUCUCGGCUCUGCCCACCCGCCCCCUGGCUCGCCGGGCCGGGGGCCGGGGCCGGGGCCGCCGGUGGAGC